AUGGUUAAUGUAAUGUAUCACUUAGAAGAAUGGUGCGCGAUAAUUACCACCAGUUUCAUCCUUUCUGUAACGUUACUGCUUAUGUGUAGCGGAAGAGAAAGUUCCCGUAAGGAUUCAAUCCUAAGGGAGACUGAUAAAAAGAAUGAGUUUUCUUCAGAAAAAAAGACCGAAUCGACUACUCAAAACGCUAAUGCGAAAACUAACGGCUCAAGUGAAAAUAAGAAGGGAAAGACGUCCUCAAUCGAACAAAAUGGAAAACAUUCACCUAAGAGCAGAUUCAAUGAUGAUCUACAAAUGGCGCUGAUGGUAUAA